AUGCAGAUCUUCAUUUAAUAUUUGAGUUAUGCUCCUCCAUCAAUGAAAGAUUAAUCCAACAUAAUAAUAUAGGACCUGAGGAGAAUAGAAAAAGUAUUGUAUUUUAUAUUAAAAGAUUAGAAUAUUUAUUGGAAUAUAGAAAAAUAACGAUUGCUUAUUGUCUACUUCUGA